AGCAGGAGAACCAGGAAGUAAAAAAGGGCAGCCGCGGUUUCCACGUCCUGGGCGCAGCGUCUCCGCUCCUCCUGCUCGGUGCUGUCAAUCUGCAGACAGCGGGCGGCGUGACGGUGCUCUGGCCUCGGUAUUAGCGGCUACCUGACAGCCACACACAAAUAAACAGGUUGUAGCGGUUAGAGGGGGUAACUUUACCUCCGCUUCGCUUUUUUUGGUUUUAUUUUAAAAAAGAAAGCGAAGAUGGCGACCAGCUCAGAGCGCAGCCCUCCUCCGUUCCCAGACACCGAGGACCAGGAUGCUCAGGAUCCUGAAGAAGUCCGAGGCCGAGACAGCGACGAGGACGACGGUGAAGAACUUUUCCUGAGUGCGACCAACACUCCCAUGGCCACGAAGGAGAACACGUCUGCACCCGCCAGUCAGCCCAUCGACCUCAUGAGCGAUCCUUUGAUGGAGCCCCUCAGCAGCCACACGGAAAACAAAUCUCCCUCUGAAAUGUUCGAGGACCUGACUAAGGAUGUGUCAGCGGCGUCUGCUGCCACAGCAGAGAGCCCUUUGGAUCAGGCCUCGGAUGAUUUCGUUGAUGUCCUUGGAAGUAAAGCGGCAGCUGAAAGAGAAGAAGUGGAUGUUACAGCUGAAGGCAGCGAUGGGGCAACAGAUUUACUCGGUGAUGGAAAAAGCAAUGCCAAACAGGAAACCCCUGCUGCUCCGAUAAUGGACCUGGGUGGCUCGUCAGACAUCAGCACACAGCAACCAGCCGUCUGCGACCCGCUGGUGGACCUUCUGGGGGACUCAACAGCUGCCUCUGCGUCCAGUGCCAUAAAACCCAGCGGGGCAGUGAUCGACCUCUUCGACGACGAGGGAAGUGACUUUUUCACCGGACCGCCUCCGACUCAAACUGCCAAGCAGCCUCAGAAAAGCCUGUUUGGUGACGGCGAUGAGGAUCUGUUCGGCGAGCCGCUGGGGGCCGUGUCGAAGAAAGCCACCAGUAUGGAGCAGAAGGAGAAAUCCGCCCCGGCCCCUCCAGCUGCCGCAGCACCACCUGCAGACCUCUUCACCGAGGAAGCAGUCGGCUCGGCACCAAACAGCAGAGCGGUGAACUCCAAGACCAACGGAGUCCAUUCUGAGGAGGAUUCAGAUUUAUUUGCUGAAGCCACGGUGGAGCUUUCUCUGGAUAGUCCAAGGACCGAGAGGAGGAAAGAGGCAGCAACCAAACCCUCCACCUCCGUCUCAGCAACCGCAGGCCUCGCCAAAUCCCAGCCUGCUCCCCCAGAAGAGAUUGAAGAAGAGGAAGAGGAGCUUCAGGAUAAAUUUGACAUUAAUGUCUUUGUGAAAGACCCUGAAAAAAUAGGUGACGGUAUGAAUGCCUACAUGGCCUAUAAAGUAUCAACACAGACCACCCUGCCCAUGUUCCGCAGCAAAACCUUCACGGUGAAGCGGCGCUUCAGCGACUUCCUCGGCCUCUACGAGAAGCUCUCAGAAAAACAUGGUCCCAACGGUCUAAUCGUGCCUCCGCCUCCAGAGAAAAGCCUCCUAGGGAUGACAAAAGUAAAGGUGGGAAAGGAAGAUUCCUCAUCCGCAGACUUUCAUGAAAGGAGGAGGGGUGCUUUGGAAAGAUAUCUCCAGAGGGUGGUGAAUCACCCGAUGCUCCUGCAAGACCCUGAUGUCAGAGAGUUUCUGGAGAAAGAGGAACUGCCCAGAGCUCACAGCACCCAGGCACUGAGCGGAGCGGGAUUCCUGAAAAUGAUCACCAAGGCAACAGAUGCUGUCAGUAAAAUGACCAUCAAGAUGAAUGAGUCGGAUGUGUGGUUUGAGGAGAAACUGCAGGAGGUGGAAUCAGCAGAUCAGCAGUUUAGGAAGCUCCAUGCUCUGGUUGAGUCCCUGGUUGUUCACAGAAAAGAGCUGUCCCUGAACACAGCCAGCUUUGCCAAGAGUGCUGCCAUGCUGGGCAGCGCAGAGGACAACACCGCCCUGUCCCGAGCCCUCUCUCAGCUGGCCGAGGUGGAGGACAAGAUGGAGCAGCUCCACCAGGACCAAGCUUCCAACGACACAUUCAGCUUCGCUGAACUGAUCGCAGAUUUCACCCGCCUGCUGGGAGCAGUCCGGGGGUCGUUUGACCAGCGGAUGAAGGCGUGGCAGCGCUGGCAGGACGCUCAGGCUAUGCUGCAGAAGAAGAGGGAGACGGAGGCCAAACUGUUGUGGGCCAACAAGCCCGACAAGCUGCAGCUAGCCAAGGAGGAGAUUGUUGAGUGGGAGGCCAAAGUGACUCAGUAUGAGCAAGAAUUUGAGAGAGUUUCUGCAACCGUGCGCAAGGAAGUCGUCCGCUUCGAGAAAGAAAAGACCAAGAAUUUUAAGAGGCAGAUAAUCACAUACCUGGAGUCUCUCCUUCAGUCUCAGCAUCAGCUGAUCAAGUAUUGGGAGGCGUUCCUACCUGAGGCCAAAGCCAUCGCCUAGCAGCUGACCCUCUGCCUUCUUUAUACACUUUACCUCUUUUGCCUUGAAAGCAAGAAAUGUGUGCAUUGAAAAGGGAGAUACAUGAACAUGUUUUGUAAUACAAUCAUCUUUACUAUAUAGCUCUGUAUUCUGUUGUAUUAAUAACUGUAUAUUUUCAUUUAUCCUUCCACAAUAUUUUCUUACUAGAGAAAAAAAAUGAACAGCUAGAAAUGAAAGGAUUGUAGCUAAAUGAUUGCAUUAGUUUCUGAGCUAGUGAAUGGGCCAGAGCAGCGCCCCCUAUGGGAGAGGAGGAUCUCCUUUCAGUGGCUCCUCCUGCAGAGGAGGUUAGGCCGAAGGCGGCGGAGAGUCUCGCUCCGUUUCCAGCUUGUGAUGAAACCUCAAAGGGAUUAGAUCACGUUUUUGAGCACUUCUAGCCUCUGGAUUAUCUUCAAGCACUAGUUGGUUUAUUUGUCUUUUGCAGAAUAAAGUAGAGGGGCUGAAACGGGGCUGUGGGUUUUUUUUUGUUCACUUUUUCAGUCAUGAAAAACUUGUAUGUGCCUUUAUACUUGGAGAUGAUGUGAGUGGAGCUGAGGCUGUGUUCCUGAAACAGAUGAGCAUGUCUGGGCCUGUUUGUCAUCGUGUCCAUGAUCAAUCAGCAAUCUACCAGCCAUCAGCAGGCUUAUAGAAGACUCAGCAGGUUGCAGCCAUGGCGUCAAACUGGGAUUUAUGGAUCUCAACAAGCUUUAGCUGGUAGGACUGUUUUCUGUUCUGCUUUAUGGAAUUCUCAGUCCUCUGUUUCUUCAGAUGAGCUAAUGCCACCUGCACCAAAAUUAAGGGCAACAUGUCAGUUUUGACUUUAAAAUCUAAAAUUUCUGCUGAUAUUCCAAACGUUUGAAACAUCCGUUAAAAACUAAGCUAUUUUUUUAAUAACUUGUAUAAUCCAAGGAAGAAGCAGAAAAACAAAGAAAUUUUUUGUAGGUUAUCAUAAAUAGAAAGUGUGAGAAUCUGACUGUGCAGCUUAGCGGCAUCCAGCAAACAGGAGGGAGUUUAAAAUCCAGAGCAACUCAUGUUCCUGCUGAGCAGAGGAAAUCACAUACCUGCUUUGUUUUGUUUCUUUCUCUUCAUAGAUCCCAAAAAAUCCUGAGCUUUUUUUCCCCCUGUUUAUUUACAUGAUUUUACACCACAUUACUAAAACUGUUUGCCCUCCUACUGUGUCACUAAUGUAAUGUCAGGACAUGCACUGUAUCAGACAUUUAAAAAAAAAUCAAUAAAAUUUUCACUGUUUACUCUUGGAAA